CGGAAAAGUUGUUUUAGUUAAAUGAUUUUUGGUCAAAAUCAUUUGAGAAGACUUGUUUUAACACAAUUUUCAUAAUAAAAAAAAAUUACGAUACACAUAAUUCGGAAUAAAUUAUAUACAAACAAAUUGGAAAAAGUCAACAAAAUUAAAUGAAUAGAAAGAAUAAAAGUGAACUUUUCUUAUCAGUUGGUGGACAAAAAAUAAAAUAUGAAAAUAAAUCCAUAAAAUAGAUAUCGAAAAUUAUAGGUGAAAGGGCAAAACCAAGAUUUUAACGAAUCAAACAAAACGAGGAAAGGUAUAAAAAGAAAUCCUUAAAAAACGUGAUAAGAAUAGUUUUAAAAAAAGUGAAAAUAUAUAAAUACAAUAACAACAAGAAGUGUUUUAGCUCGAUUAAUAUUGUUGUUGUGAGGGAGGUGUCAAAGAAAAAAUUCAUUAAAUAGUUAAAUUUUACCCCUGCAAAGUGUAGUUUAUGUGUUAAUCCAAUUGUUAAAGUGUUCUUUUUUAAACAAAAACAAAUUAUUUUUGCUAUAAAUUUGUGUAUAAUCUAAGCACUAAACUGGCCGCUAUUAGUGAAAAAUAUCAAAAAAAAUUCUUCAACAACAUGGAUGAGGACGAAGAGGAUGAAGUAACAGACAUCAAGUUACAAAUAUUUCAUAACACUGUACGGGAACACAUUAUUUUUCUUCUCCUCUUAAUUAUUUUAUAUUUUGCAUCAUAUGUGUUAAUUUCACGUUUUCGACGCAAAGAUCGUGAUGAUUUAUUUUCCAAUGAUGAAGAUGAAUUAUUAGUGUAUCGCAUAAGCUCAUGGCUUUGUACAUUUUCAAUGGCAAUAGCAGUUGGAGCAGCACUGUUAUUACCCGUCUCCAUAGCUAGCAAUGAAGUGUUAUUACUCUAUCCAAAUAGUUACUACGUUAAAUGGCUAAAUAGUUCAUUGAUCCAAGGUCUUUGGAAUCAUGUAUUUUUGUUCUCCAAUCUUUCCCUGUUUGUGUUCCUGCCAUUCGCUUAUCUAUUCACAGAAUCGACGGGAUUUUCUGGUCAUAAAAAAGGCAUUAUACCCAGAGUUUAUGAAACAUUUACAGUAUUUAGCCUGUUGGCAUUUGUUGUAUUGGGUCUUACGUAUGUUUUAUCCGCUGUUAUAGAUCCAGAAAAGAUUGGAUUUUUAUCACUAUUAAAUUUGGGCAGCGUUCAUUUACCAUUUUUAUAUUCAUGUGUUUCGUUUUUGGGUGUGCUACUGCUACUUGUUUGCACACCUUUUGGCUUUGUACGUCUCUUUGGUGUUGUUGGUCAAGUUUUGGUUAAACCACACCUGUUGCGUGAUGUCAAUGAAGAGUACAUUGCUUUUCACAUGGAAGAAGCCAGCGUUAAGCGCAAAUUAGCUAAUUUAGAGCUACAAAAUGUUAGCAUUAACGAAUCUCUGAAUGGUACAUUUUCAUCCAAUAACACCACAUACGAUACAGCAACUGGCAGUUAUAUUUUACACAACAUGCUAAAUGGUCAUCAUCAUGCACAGCAAAGUAAAACUAAUUUUAGUUAUUAUUAUAAUAAUUUAUCAUCCAGAACAUCACUAUCACAUUUAAUACAAAGAAAACCAAUGAAUGGUGAUAUUAAUGAUCAUCAAGCUAAAUUAAACGAAAGACUGAGAGAGUUGGAAACUGAACGUAAAGAGUUGGAAAAACUUAAGAAAUCAUCAGCAUUUCAAAGAAAUUUUGUCUAUCCAUUGGCCAUGUUGUUGUUAUUAUUCUUUACGGGCAUUACCAUAUUGUUGGUGGUGCAGAAUACUUUGGAGUUAUUGAUUGGCAUUAAGGCAUUGCCUUUAAGUACCAGGCAAUUUACAUUGGGUAUAACUUCUUUGUCGAAGUUAGGUCCAUUUGGCGCAGGUCUAGAAGUGUGUCUGAUAUUUUAUUUGGGAGCCACUUCGGCGGUGGGUUUCUAUACCAUGCCCUUUAUGCGUAAUGUAAGACCACAAAGGCGUAAAACCUCACUAUCACAAUUGAUACUCAAUUGUGCAUUAGUGUUGAUUUUAAGUUCAGCCCUGCCAUUACUUAGCCGUAUUAUAGGUAUUACCAAUUUCGAUUUACUGGGUGAUUUUGGUGCCAUCGAAUGGUUGGGCAAUUUCCAAAUCGUUCUACUUUACAACCUGGUAUUCGGCUCUACCACUGCCUUAGUGGUGGCCAAUAAAUUUACCGCCACCGUACGACAAGAGUUAUGUGCGCGGUUAGUAGAGAAUUAUGUAAUUUUUACUAACUACAUGUCAUUCAUCAACUGAUAUUUGCUAAAACGACGCUUUAAAACCAUUAACAAUCUGCCAAAUCAUACUACUACACCAUCAUCCUCAUCGCAUCAGUCCUCAUCUAUGGUUCCUAUUAAACAUUUAACAACUUCUACUAUACCAUCGACAUUUUCAUCGUUCUCUUCUAUGGCUUUAAUUAUGUGGCGUAGUGUGAUUAAUCAUUUAAAUGAUAAUGGUUUUAUUGUGUCGUUUUUAAGAAUUUUUUCCAAUUUUAACACAAGAAAUACAAAAGUUUAAGUUCAUUUCAAAACUAUAUUUUUUUUUAUAAUAAAAGAAAACUUCAUAUAUUUAUAACUUAUUAUUCAUAAAACAUUUAAAUUGUAAUCUUGUACUAAAAUCUAUAAAUCAUUUAUAAUUUCUUUUCAAAUUCAAAAGAAAAACUCUAUAUAUAUUUAAUAUGUCUUAAUUUAAUUUUAGUGAAACUUUUAAUAUUAAUUAAAUCUUAAAAAAUUAAAUAAAUUAUAAUUUGUUUACAUAUUCGAGUAUUUUCGAAAAAGUUUCAGAAAUAUGACCGGUAAAAUGUUUCAAGUUUUUUUUAAUGAAAAAUAAAAUAAUUUGAAAACUGAGUAAUUUCCAUACAAACAUUUCAAAAUUUGUAUCUAAAUCAGGCCCUUUACCUAGAACGCUGAUUCCUCACGACAAAAGAAUGGAAAUUUAUGACCUCACCACGGGAUAAUGUUUAAAUCAAUUUAGAUUGCAUACAAAUGAAAAUAACAUUCGAAUAAAUUUCUUAAUAUAAAAGAAAAAUAAUUGUUUACAAUUGGUUUUGAUAUUUUGUAAUUAACAACAAUUUUGAAAUUAUAUUUAUUACGCCAUUGAUUUUAUUUAGUUCGUAAUUUUGAAAAAAUGUUCCAAAUUUCUAUUUCGAAAUUGGUCCUUCAAGUUUGAAAAUUGAAAAAAUUAUAUAAAAAGAACGAAAUCUCAGCAAAUGUUACAUUUGUUUACGCUACAUUGUAGACAUUUAUUUACAAAUGUUAAGAAGAAGUUGGGAUCACAUUAAAUUUGUUUUAUUAAAUCAAAAAAUCUCAGAAAAGUUGUUCCGCAAGGUGGUCUUCAUUGAUCAACUAAUGCUUCUUUUAUGUUUAAAUAUCACAUCUCAACUGACAAUAAUAUAAGGUAUGAAAUCCUUAUCUAUUGACAUACCAACGAACAUACAGAUGUCUGCAGUGGUUCAGUUCCAUAUUUCCAUUAUUAUUUUAAUUUUUUUUUCAAACGGCUACACAAAAGUUUUUAUGUUUUCCCGUGGUGUCAGUCAAUGUGGAUUUUUUCAGCUAAUUUAUAAUUUAUUCUUAAUUCAAUUUUCAAAAUCAAAUGUUUAUCUCUUAAAGAAUUCAUUACAAAGUAAUUCAUAGGCUUAAUUCCUACUGAACUCAUUCUUUAUAGACUUAAUUCCUUAUCCUUUACAAAAUAACUUACUCAAACUUAUUUAAUGAUUAGAUUUUUCUUCAAUUAAAAUGUAUUACAAAUAUGCUUAGGACAAUAUUAUUAAAUUCAUUUGGUAAAUUAUUAAAAGCUAAACAAAAACAAAACUGAAUGAUUUCUAUUCAAAUUUGUUGUGUUGCAAAUUGUUAUAUGGAAUGAAUUGCUGAAAUGUUUAAUUCUCAAUUAAGAUAUUAGUGAAUUAAGCUUAAAUUGAAUUAAUUGGAUGCUCUAAUUCAAAUCUAAUCCAAAUUGAAUGACAUUUUUUUCUUCAAUCAAUUUGUUUUUGUUUGGUUUAUUGUCUAAAGCCAAUUUGUAAUAGAUUUGAAUUUGGGGAAACUUGAAUGAUUCAUUACGUUUGAAGCCUAUAAUUAACUCGUAAUAACUUCUUUAAUGGAAUGACUAAGAAAUAAAAUUUGAAAUGAUUUUGAAAACUUAAUUUAUUAUUGUGUUCCAAAGUUCAAUUUGAAAUAAGAUUGCAUUACUUUAAUGCUUAUAAAUUAAAAUCUCAUAAAUUACUGCUACUCUGAAAGCUACAAUUUACAUAAUUGAAACUGCUUUCACAUCUGCAAAAUUGUUUGAUAGGAAACCAAGAAUUAAAAUAAAUAUUUUCUAAUAAAAAUUAUACACAAAUAAUUGGAUCUCUAGUAAUUUUCUAAUUCCUUUUCUAUGAUUUUAUAAUUCUUAUAUGUAUUCUAUGUUUAAUUCUAUAAUUUAAUUAAAUUUAAAUUAGUUUAGUAAAACUUUAUCCAAAUUAUUUAAAGAAUAUUAAGAAACGUUAAACAAUUAUAGUUAUUUUAAGUUUGCAAUAUAUUUUAAGAUCGAUACUCACUAUAAUAAAAUAAUAUAAAAAUAAAA